GAUGAAAUAAAGAACGGGCAAAAAUUUUCUAAUAUAAAAACUGUUGGAAAAUUAAAAAUCCGUAUUAAUAAUAAAAUAAUAUCGGACGUGAGAACAUCUCAGGUGAAAGUUUAUAUAUACAAAUAGAUAAUCAAGUGUUCUAUUUUUAUCUUUGUAUAACGUAGAUGUCAGUAGUACCUUUAAUGUUCCGUGACUGGUGGGAUGAACUUGAAUUUCCAACACGCACAUCGCGUCUCUUGGACCAGCAUUUCGGUACCGGAUUAAGACGUGAUGACUUGUUGUCAUCCGUAUGGAACUCUCGGCCAACAAUGUUGCGCUCUGGCUAUUUACGUCCUUGGCAGCGUACCACAGGCUUGCAAAAACAAGAUUCUGGAUCUACUUUAAAUAUUAAUGAAGAAAAAUUUGAAGUUAUUUUGGAUGUUCAACAGUUCACACCCAACGAAAUCAGUGUCAAGGUCACCGACAAAUUUGUCAUUGUAGAGGCCAAGCAUGAAGAAAAGCAAGAUGAACAUGGCUUUGUAUCCAGGCAAUUUACUAGACGUUAUCUAUUACCAAAUGACGUCAAUCCCGACAGUGUUACUUCAUCCCUGUCUUCAGAUGGACUCUUAACAGUAACUGCUCCCAUGAAGAAGUUACCUCCACCAAAUACAGAACGCGUGGUCCCCAUCUCUAAGACUGGUCCAUCAUCCCAAGAAGACAAAGAGAGAAAAGUUGAAACGACAACAGCCUAAUCUAUUAAAAAAACAAAAAAUUUCAAUUACAAUGAUUUUU